CAAGAACAAAUAUAGACCAAAUAAAAAAAAAAAUAUCUUAUCUCUCUCUCCAAACCGAUAGGCGGACUGUGGGUUUGAAUUGACUACUGAUAAUUUUAAUGCUUGUAGCAGACAUGGCACCCAAAAUAGUUUUGACCUAUCUCGAUCUGCCUGGACGAGGCGAAAUUGUUCGAUUGAUUUUAUCCGCGGGGAACUUGGAUUUCGAGGACAAACGUGUCACCAGAGAGGAAUGGAAGCAUCUUAAAGAGACCACCCCCAUGGGACAGCUCCCGAUCCUGGAAUAUGAUGGAGUAGUCUUGGCACAAUCUUGUGCUAUCGCCAAAUUUCUGGCCAGAAAGACCAAUCUCGUUCCAAAAUCCGACCUGGACGAGGCCCGAGCCGACAUGAUCAUUGAUUUUAUCAAAGAUGGACAAGUCAGAAUUGCCAUGGCUUGGCACCGAACUGGAGCGGAAAGAGAAGAAGCUGCCAAAAAACUCUUUACCGUAGACAUGCCAGAGUUUUUCAAGACUGCCGAAAAACUCCUGAAGCAGAACGGUGGCAAAUAUUUUGCGGGAGAAGCCCUAUCUUAUGCGGACAUCGGAAUGUUUGAUCAAUUGGAGGCCAUAAAUUGGCCAGAUCAUCCAUUUAUGAAGGACCUUCCUCACCAAGAAGAGAGAUUGAAGAUCAUCAAUCAAUAUUCCCUCCUUGGCGAUUUCUUGGAUCGAGUUCGACAAAACCCGGGGAUUAAAAACUGGCUGGAUAAACGCCCUGUAUUUAAGGGUCUCUCAACCAAGAUGGCGCCUACAAUUAAGAUCACCUACUUCGACAUCACCGGCAAAGCCGAGCUCUUGAGAUUGAUUCUCUCUGCUGGAAACAUGGAUUUCGAGGAUAUCCGAGUCAAGAAGGAGGAUUGGCCCGCAUUGAAGCCCACCGCUCCCUUUGGUCAACUCCCAACCAUGGAGUACGAUGGCGAGAUCUACGCCCAGACCAACGCCAUGGCCAAGUUCCUGGCCAAGAAAGCCGGUCUUGCCGGGAACGAUGAUUUGGAAGAACUCAAGAUGGACAUGUUCAUGGAGUUCAUGAACGAUAUCUUUUCCAAGUUGAUGGGAGUGUUUGCCAAGUCUGAAAGCGACAAAGAUGCGGCUGGCAAGAAGCUCUUUGAAGAGGAGCUCCCAGCGAUGUUGAAGACCCUGGAAACGCAUCUGGAAAAGAAUGGCGGAAAGUUCCUGGUUGGAGACACUCUAUCCUACGUGGACAUUGCCUACUUCGACUUAUUACAGAAUCUGACUUGGGAAGACCAUCCUUUCUUCCCCAACCUGCCGCAUAACGAGUUGCGCCUGGACAUUUUGAAAGAUCAUCCCUCCUUGGUCGAGCAUAUGGAGCGAGUCAAGGAGCAUCCCGGUGUUUUGUCUUGGUUGGACAAGCGCCCCACUGGACCCAAGUAAACCACCUUUUAUCACAGAGUAUCGCCUCUAAAACCAAUGGAAAAAUAAAUGUUAUCAUAUGAUCCAA